CUCUGUUUGCUCACAAUGUGGACCGUUGGUUGCUCCGCCCCCCACGCUGUGUGCUCGAUUCCCAUUGGCUGUCCUGUGCGGAGCCGUGGCUCAGGCUGGGUAUAUAAAGCGGGCGGCGGGAGUAGCAGGCUCAGUUCGGAAUCGGGAGCGGAGGAGUCGCGGAGCGGAGAGGAGACAAGCGGAGAGAAGCGGAGCGGCGACCCCCGGAGCGGAGCAGAGCAGAGCGGCGACCCCCGAAGCGGAGAGAAGCGGAGGGGAGCGGAGCGGCGACCCCCGGAGAGGAGAGAAGCGGAGGGGAGCGGAGCGGCGACCCCCGGAGAGAAGCGGAGCGGUGAUCCGCGGAGAGGAGAGAAGCGGAGCGGCGACCCCCGGAGCGGAGAGAAGAGGAGAGAAGAGGAGCGGCGACCCCCGGAGCGGAGCAGAGCGGAGCGGCGACCCCCGAAGCGGAGAGAAGCGGAGGGGAGCAGAGCGGCGACCCCCGGAGCGGAGAGAAGCGGAGCGGCGACCCCCGGAGCGGAGAGAAGAGGAGCGGCGACCCCCGAAGCGGAGAGAAGAGGAGCGGCGACCCCCGGAGAGGAGAGAAGCGGAGAGAAGCGGAGCGGCGACCCCCGGAGCGGAGAGAAGAGGAGCGGCGACCCCCGGAGCGGAGAGAAGAGGAGCGGUGACCCCCGAAGCGGAGAGAAGAGGAGCGGUGACCCCCGGAGCGGAGAGAAGCGGAGCGGCGACCCCCGGAGCGGAGAGAAGAGGAGCGGUGACCCCCGGAGUGGGGCAGCCGGACAGCGGAGGAUCCCAGCGAUGGACACUGCAGUGGCCGGAGCCUGGAGGAUCCCAGCGGUGGACACUGGAACGGCCAGAGCCCCCCGGACCGGGACGGCCGGACACCAGAGGAUCGCAGCGGUGGACACUGGAACGGAGACCACCCCCGCGCACAUUACGGUCCUGGCCCUCCACAGCGGAGGAGCAGCAAGGGUGCGGAGACCCCACCGGGCACUCCGCUCCAGAGACCACCCGCCGCCCACAUCACAUCACGUGGGUGCAGACAGUCCCGGGAACCGGAGAGCAGCGGGGCUGCGGAGACCCCCACCCCCUUCCCCCCUUCCCCCCUUCAUUAAAUGAAAAACGAACUGAAACGAGCCGGCCCCUCCGGUGGUGGGGGAGGACGGAGAUGAUCUGAACCCCCCCGUUCAUCCCCGCACGGGACCGGGGUGGAGCCGAAUCCCGAACCGGGCCCUCCUUAACGGAGGACAACCGAGACCAACCGGGCCCUUAACAGAGGAGAACCGGGACCAGCCUGUCCCACCUGAGUGAGAUGAGGAAAGCUGAGACCCCUGGUGCCCCGAAAUGGAGACCCCAAAAGAGGCGGCCAGAGACCCCCACCCCCGUGAAUGGCGGGAGGACGGAGACCCCCCUGGUGUCCAUCAAGGGUGAGAAGGUUGGAGACCCCCCCGAGCAUCCUGCAGGGUGAGAGGGGCAGGGGAGCAUCCCCAGAGCCCCUCCAGGCCCCUCCUGGGCCCAGAGAGAGCCCCUGAGCAUCCCCCAGGCUCCGGGCAAUGGAAAUCAGAAUUUACAGAAACCCAAUUUUACAACACAUGGGGGAAAAAAUCCAAUUUUGCAAAAAUCAAAUUUUACAACUCGUGGGAAGCUUUGGGUGAUAUUGACUCCCCCAAGGAGUCACUUGAGGUGAAAACACGAACAAAUCACAAAGCCCCAGCCCCCACCCCGGGGCUGUGCCCAUCCUUGUCACACCUGGGGGCUGCUGGGGGUCCCCACCCCUGAACUGGGGGACCAUUGGAACCCCCCUAAUUAAGGGAGGGGACAGAAAUGAAAAGUGAAUUUAGGGAGAGGGGAUGGACCUGGAGUGUCUGGGGGCACCAGGCAAAGGAAAAUGGGCAGAAAUGAAUUCUAACAGCUUGUAAUUUGGCUGAUAAUUUGAUUUAUAAUUUGGCUAAUUGAUUAUUUGGCUGAUUGAUUGAUUAUUUGGCUGAUAAUUUAGCUGCUAUUUGGUCUCCCAAGUAGCACUUGAGAUAAAAAUGCAAACAAAUCCCAAUCCCCUGGGCUUGGGAGCACAGGGCAGCCAGAGAUUCCAUCCCUGUCGCACCCAGGGGCUUUCCAAGUGAUUAAUUAUUCAAUUAUUUAAUUGUUCUGCGGGUUUAGAGGCACAGGGCCCCCCCAGUCCCUCUCAGUGCCCCCAGUGUGACACGGAUGGAGACCCCUCGAGUGUCCCCUGGGCUCUGAAAUAAAUAAAAAUCAAUAAAAUCUGACAGCACAAAUCAGGCGUGGACUGAUUAUUUAUUG